AUGGUCUACCAAUGGGAGGCUUGGACCCAGUACGGACCUGAUGCCGUCGUAGAUUACGAAGGUCACCUCUAUAAAAUCGUCCAACCUCAUCAAUCCGAGCCGAACUGGCAGCCGCCUGUUGUUCCUGCACUCUGGUCCCGAUUGCCAGAGGAGUCCCACCAUCAAUACCGGUCCGGUGAAACUCACCAUGGUGUCGAAGAGCACCAUCGCAAUCAGAACCAAGGCUUCGUUGACCAAUCCGGAGGCGGCGGAGGUUAUGGCCAACAAAACAUGCCUCAACCUGGCGGAUGGGGCCACGAUGAGCACAAGGAUGAUAGAUAUGACCACCCAGAGGGUGAAAAGAAAGACGAGGGUUGGCUGGAUGAGACGAAGAAACACAAGCUCGAGAUCGGGGGUGGUAUCCUAGGUGCACUUGCGAUCGGCGGCGGUGUUUAUGCUUACAGUAAGCACAAGAACCAGGCCGUAGAAGAGUCCAAAAAGCAAGCCUGGAUCAACGAAUCCAGCCGUGAGAAAUGGCUCCAGGGUGCCCAUGCACAUACCCAGCACUACUCUGCGGGUGGCCGAAGUCCGCCCGUUUACUGGAUGCUAAUCAGCAAAAGUGACCCGAUCCCUAACAAUGCUAUUGAAGGUGGUCGCGAAGGAGGACACACAUUGUAUAUAGGUAGAACCUACUACAAGGGGGGCUUACAUGUUGGAAAAGUCUCGAAUCACUUGGGCGGUUGUGUGAUUGGUUAUGGCGGUAAAGAGCAUAACGACUUUGAUAAGUUCGAAAUCUUGUGCGGUGAUAAAAAUUCCGUCAAGUGGGUGAACCACUCUCCGAGCCAUGGAGUUAUUCAAGCUCAGGGCUGGCAACCUGUGGAGGGAGGCCGAGAAGAAGAUGGAAGAUUCUUGUUCGUGUGCCAAGUUCUUCAUGAAGGAGGCGUACAUCCCUGCAAAUCCCAAGACGGCACCGAUUUCGCAAUCUUUUCUUACGGAGGCAAGGAAAAGACCUCUCAAGAGUUCAACAUUUUAACCUACGCCUGA